UUCAUCAUUCUGAGUGUAGGCAUGUUGGGGGCAUGUCUGCACUCUAUACGACCCAGGGAAAUUUACUGAGGUGGCAUCCACUGGGUACCUCAUGUGUGUGGCACCCCCAGCAACCCUAGGAAAUAAAAGCUGUUGUCUGUGUUGGACACAUUAGGGAAUCAAAGCUCAGAGGGGUUACCUUGUCCCUAGACCAUGCUGCUUCUCCAACAACACAGCCCAUCUGUGCUGAAAUAUCUAGCAGGUCCUGGUGGAGGGGAUGGAGGCCCUCUCGGGUCACUUUGCUAUUCUCCACCAGGGUCCUCAGCCACCCGCUCCUUGCUGCGGAUGCCCCAGGUUUGUUUUCUUUGGCUCCCUCAUUAAUGAGUUCCACAGCACAAUGCUAAGUCUAGUUAUGCAGCCUUAAUUGGUUUAGUUACAACAAGAUAAUUCCUUUUUUCUUCUCUUGGAGGCCUUUCUGUUUAAAGACAUUUUAGCUGGAAGAUGCUAAUUAUCAAUGAGGAGAAAAUGACACCUGAAGAGUUCAUUUUCCAUCUUGGUCUUUGGUUUUUCCUUUGAACUCUCUUUACACGGCCCUCUUUCCCACUUCAUCACUUCUCCCCCACCAUCAUAAAAGAGAGCUCUUCCCUGGCCAGGCGGCAGAACUUUCUUUCUCACUUGCCAGGGAGCCAUUCCUUCUGCAGCUGUCUCGCAGGCAUGGACAACCUGCGCGAGACUUUCCUCAGUCUCGAGGAUGGCUUGGGCUCCUCUGACAGCCCUGGUCUGCUGUCUUCCUGGGACUGGAAGGACAGGGCAGGGCCCUUUGAGCUGAACCAGGCCUCCCCCUCUCAGAGCCUUUCCCCGGCUCCAUCGCUGGAAUCCUAUUCUUCUUCUCCCUGUCCUGUUGUGACUGGGCUGCCCUGUGAGCAUGGCGGGGCCAGCAGUGGGGGCAGCGAUGGCUGCAGUGUUGGUGGGGCCAGUGGCCUGGUAGAGGUGGACUACAAUAUGUUAGCUUUCCAGCCCGCCUACCUCCAGGGUGGUGGUGGCCCCAAGGCCCAGAAGGGCACCAAAGUCAGGAUGUCUGUCCAGCGGAGGCGGAAAGCCAGCGAGAGGGAGAAGCUCAGGAUGAGGACCUUGGCAGAUGCCCUGCACACCCUCCGGAAUUACCUGCCACCUGUCUACAGCCAGAGAGGCCAGCCGCUCACCAAGAUCCAGACACUCAAGUACACCAUCAAGUACAUCGGGGAACUCACAGACCUCCUCAACCGCGGCAGAGAGCCCAGAGCCCAGAGCGCAUGAGCUCCGUCCGGGGAAACUGACCGGUUCCACCCUCCCGGGCAGGAGUAGAGGAGCUUUGAAGACCUGGAUAUCUUAUUGAACAAUGAUUGGCGUGGAGUGAUUUUUAUGUAGUAAGCGUGGUAAUCUUGUGAUCUGCAAAACACUGAGGGAAUUCACAUCUGACCUGUUGGAGCCACCGGAACACUUACCUGCCAGAUGAGCAGAGACUUUCACCUCCAGUUUUUUUCCACCAUCUCUGGGGGGCUCAUCCUUUGCAAAGAGACAAAUUAUUUUGCCCUUCUCUGUCUGUUCAAGGUAUUUUAAAGGGUCAGUGAUUUUAAAUGCAUUUUUUCAAUAAUGUAAAAGUGUUACAGUUAAUCUCCUGCCAUUUUGGUGUUGAGAGCUUUCCUUCUGUUGCUAGCAAAACCUGUAGUUUGUAUAGGAUCCAGUGUGAUAUCUGGAAUCUUAUUUAGAAAGAUUUGUGCCAAGUAAAGGGCUUUAGUGCUCCUGUUUCAUUUUGUGUGUGUAUGUGUGUGUGUGUUUGUGUUUGACUGAAAACAUGCUCUUGCAGGGACCAAAAUCACUUAAAUGCAGAAGGCACUGGUGUCAUGAUAAAUGGAAAGUCACAGGCAGACAGGCUAAGUUAAGACAGUGAAGAUCCCAAAGGCCAGAGCCUCCUCUUCAUAGGCGGACAGCUUGUGUGACAGGGAAGGAGGGUACA